AUGGCCACCAUUAACCCUGCGCCUGCAGCAUCUGCUCAGCUCCCUGGCGAGUUCAAAACUGAAUAUCAUCCUCGCUCUGGUCGCCAGACACUCUUCCAACCUUUUGAUCAAUUUGGCAUCUCCCCAGAGGCGCAGGAUGUGCCUAUUGUUGACAAGGAACCAUGGCGUCCUUUCAGAUUGCAUGGGGACUUCGAAUUUUCCGAGAUCGCAAUCGAAGCUGCACUCAACAAGUCUCAAAUCAACACACUCCUCAGUCUCAUCACAUGCAUAUCUGAAGGCCAUGCUCAGAUAACUUUGAAGAAUGAAGCCGAUCUCUCGAAGGCAUGGGAUAAUGCUGCAGCUGAAUUAACACCAUUCUCAAAACACGAAGUUGCUGUGACAUACAAGAAGAAUGAGCAAGUGUAUGAAGUUCAUGCACAGCCUAUCUGGGACUGGGCACUUGAUUUAUUGGAUAACCCAUUGCUUGCACCUCACUUUGUCUGGGAUGCGUGUUGUGUUUACAAGCACAAUGGCGCGCAGUUCGAGCGUUUCUUCGAUGAACCGUGGACUGGAGAUAGGUGGUGGGAUAUUCAAUCUUCUCUUCCUGACAUCGACGGUGCUGUCCCGUUUUGUUUCAUUCUGUAUGCUGACAAGACAAAGUUAUCAUCCUUUGGUACAGUCAAGGGGUACCCAGUCGUGGUACGAUGCGCGAACUUACCUACGCAUAUUCGGAAUGGUGAGGCAUUUGGUGGUGGCCGCAUUGUCGGAUGGUUACCUAUCGUUCCUGAGGAUGCAGGUGAAGAAAGUAAACUUGGCUAUACAACACUGAAACAUGUUGUAUGGCAUGAAUUGUUCAAGAAACUCCUGGAACACGCUGCACAGUACUCAAAGACCGGGUAUUCGCACAAGUGCCACAACGACAUUUUGCAAUGGCUAUUUCCCGUCAUAUUAAUUCUUUCAGCUGACUACGAAGAACAAUCCAUAGGGGAAGCAAUGGAAGCGCUUCGUGUCUAUAAGCGCAGUAAAGCUCAAGGUGAGGAGCUACUGAAAGCUCUUGGAUUGCGGCCUGUUGAGAAUAUCUUUUGGAUCAUAUGGUAUUCGGAUCCACAUGAUGCGCUCAGCUUUGAUCGAUUACACUCAUUGCAUGGCAGCCUUUGGAAGCACCUUCUUGGUGAAUUGAAGAAAAUCCUCGCGUCGCUUGGACGUGAAGCCAAGGCAGCAUUUGAGAAGCUGAUUGAUGACUUCCCUCAAUGGCGCAACCUCAACCACUUCAAAUCUGCUAUCAAUAUCUCGUUUUCCGAUGGAAACAAGUUCCAGGACCUAUCUAAACAAACCUUAUAUGCAUGUUUGAAUCUUCUGACCCCCAGAACCUCCCCAGAGGGCCACCAGCUACUUCGUGUCAUCAGUACUUAUCUCCAGCUGGACAGUUUGAUUGGCCUCGAUGUACAUACUGAGGGCACACUUGCGGCAAUUGAAGCCGAACUCCUGAUUUUUGAUACGGAACUCAAGGCCUAUGUUACAUGUGCUGAAUCAUCCGACAUCGAGAAAUUGAAGCUCGACUGGAAUUUUCCAAAGACACACUUAUGGAAGCACAUUGCGCGUAAUUACAGUACACGUCCCAAUGAAAAGCUGCAUGGCCCCCUCAAGGACACCUACUACCAUCGAAUAAAUGGAAAGGAUGUUGCCAGGCAGAUUCUUCAUGUUGACCACCAUAAAUUUGCCCUGAUGCUCUUGAGGGAAUGUGUUGACGCAGUUGACGAAUACAACCGGUUGCAAGCGCUUGGAGAUGAUCUUCCUGACAAAGACCUUGGUGCACCAACACAGAAUCCUGUGUCAAUCCUUGAUCUUGAGAACCGCAGCACAGUGGAUCGCUCAUUUCAAGCUUUUCGGAGGAAGUUUACUGAAUUCAUCAACACCUCUCUGCCUACCGAUGGGCAUCAACUCACGAACUGGAUUACAUUUCCAGCUGAUUAUCAGAUUCAUGAACACUGCUAUCUCAAGGUCAAUUACGAGUCAAUGGUUGACUGGAAGCAAACCACUGAUCACCUCUGGUGCAACCCGCAAUUCCACAGGCUGCCGCGGUUUGACCACGCCCUUAUACAGCUUACAGCAGAUGAAACGAUCUUUAUGCUCUAUCUCGAACCUUGGUCUUUCGAGUUUGCCCUCAUUCAGCCUUACACUGCGAGAAUCAAUGGUUCUCGCAGAAUGGACCAUUUCUUCAAGCUCACUCGUGUGAAGGCCCUCCCUAGGGCAUCUUCAAUAUUCGUUCCACUCAGUUCUUUCAUUCGAGGUGCCGUUUUGGUUCCCGACGCUGAUCAUCAAGAUGAAUACCUCGUUGUCAACCACCUUGAUAGUGAUAUGUUUCUUCGAAUGAGGGCUCGGGCAUGGUAA